GUCGAGCAGGGUGCAUAACCAUGACGGGCUGCAGGGGCGUAGCCUUUGAAUUCGGGCUGACGCUUCAAAAUCAGCAGAGACGAUAUUCAUCCGCUUUUAUGACGGCCUAACCAGCCAGCUCCACAAUCCGACGUCUGUAUAGCCUUUGAAAACAGCCGACGGUUCGCUGUGACGGGUGCAAACCAAAAGCUAAUGAGCGCUGACGAUUUUGGAUGUGCGCCAAAAGCAGCCAAAAUUUUCAAACUAUACCGGUAGCAACCGCCUCCAUUGCCGAUUGCAUUCCAUCACUUGCGUGUAGUGCCUAUGAACAACCGGUUCUAAAAUUAACCGCGAGAGUGAGACAACCGAGACAAAUCAAUGACCGUGCGAGGGACGUAAAUAAAUCGGUGAUCGUUCGUUUGAUUCUCGCUUCGCAACAGCCGAUCCGGACGUCCUGGUGUCCGAUGUGAACCCUUGGGCGCAGACCGAGCUGAGGAAGCGCAGUAGCAUGCCUGGCAAAGUGAAGGUGAAGAUCAUCGCCGGGCGCAACCUGCCCGUGAUGGACAGGUCCGCGGACACCACGGACGCCUAUGUCGAGAUCAAGAUGGCAAACAUCACGCAUAAGACUGACGUCUGCAGAAAGUCGCUCAAUCCGCAGUGGCAGGAGGAGUGGCAUCGUUUCGAGGUGGAUGACACAGAGCUGCAGGACGAACCACUGCAGAUCAGGCUGAUGGACUACGACGUCUACUCAGCCAAUGAUGCCAUCGGCAAAGUGUACAUUGACCUGAACCCUUUGCUCCACAACUCGAUCGACUCGGCCGACAUCAUUCCGCCGUCUUCGACCUCAUCUAAGGUGCGGGCCCCAAUGCUUGGGGGUGCAGCCACCUAUGGCGGCUGGUUCCCUGUCUACGACACCAUGCAUGGUAUCAGGGGAGAGGUGCAGGUCAUCGUCAAAAUUGAGCUCUUCUCAGACACCAACAAAUUUAGAGACUCUUCACACGGGAUCAAGUUCUUCUGCACUGCCGGGGUCCCGUCUGGAUUGCACGCCCUGUUCAUUCACGGAUUUGUCGAGGAGUUGAUUCUGACUGAAGACCCUGAGUAUGAGUGGCUUGACAAAAUUCGCACGCCAAGAGCCACUAACGAAGCAAGGCAGACCUUGUUCUUCAAGCUCUCUGGCGAGGUGAAGAGAAGGGUUGGACUGAAGGCUCUAGAAAUGGGGGCCAAUGCUGUAAUUGGAUACCGACUUCGAUUUGACCUGGAAGGCGAGUCAGGAAUAGUGGCCAGGGGCAUUGGGACAGCCGUCACUCUGGUGUCCCAGUUAGACGCGUCGCCAGGCACAACGCUCGAUGACAGCUUUGAACCCGUGCCCGUGCUGCUCGGCCCUCUAAAGGGCUGCUCUUCGUGCAGCUGCCUGUUGAGACCCAGCAGCAGCGCGCUGAGCAUGUCCACUCUGUCGCUAAUCAAACCGCAGCCGCCGCACCUUCUCAUCAUCCCGCCGACGCCGACCGGCUCGGCCGGUGUGUCCCCCACCAGUCCGAUCAACCCCCACCCCGUCGCCCCCGGGAGCGGCAGUCCCUACCGGCGGCAGCCGUCGUACGGCGAGGCCAUCAGCGCCAUCGACCUGGUGUCGCUGCACCUUCCGGCGCCGCAGAACCGGCCAAAAGCAAAUCCGCGCUCGCUCAAGGGCCUGGCGCGCAGCCUGCGCAUCGCCCUGUCCAAGCGCUUUUCAAAGAGGUCGGUUACAGAGCUGCCCAAGUUCGAGGUGGCCUACCCUGAGCGGUUCGACCGGCGGCACCGGCGCUCGUCAAGCGACCCCUUCAGCGCCAGCCCCGUGCCGCGGCUGCUGCGCGGAGGACUGACCUCGGUGCUGGAGGAGUCGUCGCCGCAGUCGGUGCGCCUGCGUAGUGUGCAGUCCGAAUCCUGCCUGUCACCGCAGUCGUCGGACACCUCGUCCAUCGAGUUCAUCCUGUUGCCGUCGGAGAGCGCGUCCAGCGUCGACUCACUCGCCUCGUCGGCCUCGUCCGCCUCUGAGCUGGCGCUGGCCGACGCCCUCCGCCCUACAGACCCCAGCUUGCCCAGCCUCCACUCCCCUACGGCGGCGGCUCGCGGCGCCCCCCAUCGUCCCUCUGUAGUUAGAAGCAUGUCCUCGAACAGUGUCGCCACUAGCACCCCCCCGCCCCGUAACUCAGUAACAGGCUCGUGCCCCUCCAGGCUUCCAUUCCCAUCAGCAGCGCCCGGCGCGAACACCGGCUCCGACAGCGCCGACAAUAGCUUCAUGGACGACGAGCAGCACAGACUUGGACAGUCGAACGGCUCCAACACGCUCUCCCCCUCUAGGAUCCCGAACAACAUGCAGAGGAGGUCUUCUGACUCUGAUUUGAGUAUCACGCCAAAAGGAAACAGUUUUGGUAGCACUAGUGGCGGUGGCUCAGGCAACAACAUGCGUCAGUUUCACAGACACAGCCUCCCCAGGCCCAUUCUCAACCAGGAGAGUAGCAUUGACCUGCUUGAGUACCCUUUCCUCACUCUCAACAAGUAUCCAUGCGGGUUCAUUGCGAGAUUUGGUGGCAUGGUUUGCGCUAGAAGCGUGAAGUUGUUAGAGCGGAACACAGAGGAACCUGAGAGCCGAGAUCUUUGGUGGCAUGAGCUGCGGAUGGAGGUCAGGUCGCACGCCAGGGCGCUGGCAUGCAAUGUCGUCCUCGGCUACAGGGAGGAAUCGACUAUCAAUGAUGACGUGUGCAUUUUGAGCGCGUCCGGCACCGCAGCUGUGGUGAACAUGCAGCACCGCGACGGCCACCGAAUCAGCUGCCGAAAGUUCAAAAGCAACAAGUCAAGCAAGAAGGAGCCGUCAGAAAAUUCUAACGUAAGCGAGGAAAACGAUGAAGGCAAAGAGGAUAAAUCGUCUAAAAUUCUGAUCGAGAACGUCUCCAAGUCCCGCAGAUUGAAAACCAACAUAACCGAUGGGCACAGCAACCAAAUUCCUCCUCACUGCACCUUGUGCCACGUUCCUUACAGUCUGGUCAAUUCUCCCAUGCCUGUGAACGCGAUUCGGUGCGCCGUAUGCAAAAAGGGAAAGGUUCCUGACGUUCUGCUUACCACCGUGGAGCCCCCUGAAGAAGCGAUGAUCACGGGCAGGGGCUGCUUGGUGCAGGUGCAAGUGUGCCGCUCUAAGAAGGACGCCAAGGGCGAGCACAACGCCAAAGAAAUCUCCGACAGUCUUCCAUUUUUAGAGUACGACAUGUACAGCGCCAUCAUCAACAAGCUCCGGGUCAAGGGAAUGAAUUCGGUGUUCAAUCUUAGGGUUAGUGUUACAGUAGGGGACAGACUGAUUGUGGGAAUUGCGACCGGCACGGCUUUGUUCCUCACUCCAAUGCCAGCUCCGCCGAUUCCCAAACUGAUCGCCAGCAAGACCAACAAUUCAAGGCUCUCUCUGACUGAGGUGCAGAAAAGACUGCAAGAUGCGUGCAGGAACAACCGAGAAAUCUACGGCGUUGUGCCAAACCAAGAGAAAGACGCAAACUCUGGAUCUGAGUCAGAAGAGUCUGACGAAGACCUUCCCGCGCUGGAGCUGGCCAGUGGCAACAAAGAUGCGUGCAUCAUCGAGGUGGAUGACGGCGAAGACAUGAACGCGGUCAACCUGCUGAUCGAAUCGACGGUACCAAAAGGGUUCGAAGUAGUGAAUACUGAAACUAUUCCCGGAUUGGCUGGUUACGAGGUUGUCUCCAGUUUGCAAAUGUUCACGCAAGUUUGGAGGGCGAGAGUCAACCCCUGUCAAAAUUCAUCUUACUCUGCCUCUCUCAAUAAACACAUCCGGCGUUUGCAACAGAGCUUAUACUUUAAGUUGCGCAAAAUGGUUCCUUGUGGUCUGCUGAGACUGAGAUUCAAAGUUGAGCUUCCUGAUGCAGACGAAAUCCAGAUCACCAUCCUCGGCAUGGCUAUCGGUCUCGGCAAGAUCGCGCAGCCACUGAAGGGUUCGACCAAGUCCAAGACCAGCAGAAAGGAAGAGACUGAUAUGAUCUUCAAGCUGGACGAAGAGGUCGCUACCAUUGCUACUCCCCCUGCGUCAAAAGAAAGCAAGAAGCAGCCCUUUUACCUCGGCUACACCAAUUUGCUGAAAAAUAGUCACGAACCACCAACUGGAAGAUACGGGGUUGAUAUUACCCCCUUGAACUUUGUACCUGGUGCUAAGAUUGAGGAGUACCUUGGCAACCUCAACUUUUUCUUUAUCCGAGAAAGCAACUCGAUUAGAGAGAUUGGAGGCUAUUGCAACUUUGUUCAUGGAUUUAUAAAUGAGUUGCUCGCCAUCGUCAGGGCACAUAUCACAGCGCUUGGAGGAAAUGCCAUGGUCUCUUACUACAUGAAUGAGUUCACCUUGCUCAGUGCAGCACACAAAAAUCAGGGUCAAUGUUUGAUUCAAGUUGGUGGCGACGCUGUCAGGGUUUCAUACUCGGGAGACAAGUGAGCUUUUAGGCCUCUGGAGAUAUCUCUCUUGAUGUGUUCUUCCUUUCUUCGUCAAUUCUAGUUUUUGAUCUGCCAGCAGCUGACUUCUAUAUUGCUAUAGAUCGUGAUUUUGAGAUUUUUUACGGCAAAGUAUUUUGUGAUUUUGUUUAGAUCUACAUUCCACGCGCGAACAUGCCCUUCUUUCGCCCCCACUGCCUAUUUUGUAUUCUUUCCCGUCGUCGAUAAACGCUAAGCAAAUAAUAUUUUUGAAGCAAUUCCUAGCUUGCUAUUGCAGACACCUCGAGAUUUUGAUUAUUGGCAUAAAGUGUCACAUAUCAAUGCGAAUUGCACAAUUUUCUCGAACUUGCAAGAACCUUCCUUGUGAAAAUGUCGUGUUCCGAGAGCAAUAAUUCAAAAGCAAAAUUAAUGAGCGAUUGUAGAUGUUGUCAAAUAAAUUAUAUUGUAUAAGUAGAUUAAUAA